UACACCCGUCGGAGUUCGCUACUUGCAAUUACAAAACAAAGUCCAGAAGUUGCGGGCACGUUAUCGACCGUGAAUUUGUGUUAAUUUCAGUGAAAAAGAGAAACGAACGCGAUACGGUACGAAGCGCUACAGGAUGUCCUUGCCGUAUAAUGUGCGUGCGCUUAGCAAGCGACUCCUGCUGAACAAAUGCUACGGCACCGCAACACACUGGCGAACGUUUGCAAGUGAAUCGUCGGGCGGCCGGGCAAGCGAUCCGGACGGGACAACGAUCAACGUGCCGUCGAAGGAUAUCGUUACGCCGCUCCCGCCCCUAUCGCAACCCAUUCCCGAUCUGCCCCCGGUACAGUAUGCCCGGCCGGGAGAUCAGAAAAAUGUCACGCAAGUCACACGGCUCAGCAACGGGUUGCGCGUAGCGUCGGAGAACCGGUUCGGACAGUUCUGUACGGUCGGGGUGGUGAUUGAUUCGGGGCCACGGUACGAGCUGGCCUACCCGAGCGGCAUUUCUCACUUCCUGGAGAAGCUUGCCUUUCAGUCGACCUCCGAGUAUGGGGAGCGUGAUGUAAUCUUCCGGGAGCUUGAACGGCACGGAGGAAUUUGCGACUGUCAGAGCACCCGGGAUACGUUUGUGUACGCGGCCAGCGCGGACAGUCGAGGGUUGGAAUCGGUGACGCGCAUCCUCUCGGAGGUUGUGUUGCGGCCGAAGCUAUCGGAGGACGAAGUGGAGUUGGCCCGGCAGGCGGUACAGUUCGACCUGGAAACGCUCGGCAUGCGCCCGGAACAGGAACCGAUUGUGAUGGACAUGGUGCACGCGGCCGCCUACCGUGACAAUACGCUCGGAUUCCCGAAGCUGUGCCCGUCGGAGAAUGUUCCGAAGAUUACCCGCGAUACGUUGCUGUCCUAUCUGGGGUUGCACCACACCCCGGAGCGUAUGGUGCUGGCCGGUGUGGGGGUUCCGCACGAUGAGCUGGUCCGGCUAGCGGAGCGCUACUUUGCGCAGGGUUCGGCCACCUGGGAAAACGAGAAAAGCAAAUCGCCCCACCCGAAGGGAGUGGACACAUCCGUUGCGCAGUACACCGGAGGCUCGAAGCUGGAAGAGUGUGCCAUCCCGGUGUAUGCGGCCGUCGGUCUUCCCGAGCUCGCGCACGUCGUGAUCGGAUUGAAGGGAUGCUCGCACCAGGACAAAGAUUUCAUUGCCGCCUGCGUCCUGAACAUGAUGAUGGGCGGUGGUGGAUCGUUCUCGGCCGGCGGCCCCGGCAAGGGCAUGUACACGCGGCUCUACACGAACGUGCUCAACCGGUACCACUGGAUGUACAGUGCGACCGCGUACAACCACGCGUACGGCGAUACGGGACUGUUCUGCAUUCACGCCACCGCACCACCGACGCACGUGCGCAGCCUUGUGGAGGUCAUCACGCGCGAACUGUACACGAUGCAGGCGCGGCCGGGCGAUCAGGAGCUGCGGCGUGCCAAGACGCAGCUGCAGUCGAUGCUGUUGAUGAACCUUGAGGCGCGACCGGUUGUGUUCGAGGACAUCGGUCGACAGGUGCUGGCGACUGGCGAGCGUCGACGGCCGGAACAUUUCAUUCAAGAAAUCGAAAAAAUUACCGCCGAAGAUGUCCAGAACGUGGCUAGGAAGAUGCUCCUGUCGGCUCCUGCACUAGCAGCGCGCGGAGAAAUUAAGGGUAUUCCGGAGGUUAAGGACAUCCACACGGCGCUGGCAAACGAAGGACGGUUUCCGGGCAAUCGGCGGUUGACGCUGUUUCGAUAGACACUCCGGGAGGGAGAAAUGAUAAUUAAAGCCACAACAAACCCUACGAUUAGCUGAAAUCUUAGACCUAUCGAGCUCGCCUUUCCUUUAAACCGGCUUUACCAUAUUUUAGCUAGUUGUUUUAUAGUAGCACUACCGGAUGGCCUUUUGUUUUGUAAACGCAGUCAACGAGAGCGAAUGAAAUUGGAAAUAUAAUUUACCGACAGAGGAGAUACCAGUGAACCG